CAAAGCCGGCAUUCAAGUGACGCUCCUCCGUUGACAACAGACAAAUUCUUGGAUCCCAAAGAAAAAAAAAAAAAAGAAGAAAAAAAACGAGUGCCUACGUCAUAAAUGUGACCAUGUGGUAUCUUCUAAUCUAACCUGAGUUUAGAUGACCGUUAGGGAUUGUCCCCAAAUUCGAAAAUAAAACUCCACUUUUCCGUCCAUUCCUCUCUUCGUCGUCCUUCUUCUCUUUCUCUUUUGUCUCUCUGUCGCUUCAAAUUUUUUCCAUUCUUUCUUGUUUUUUGGAUCUUUCUCCCUCUCGCAAGAAGAACUGGAAGAAUGGGGGUCGCCACAGAGAUGCAGCAAGAUCACAAGGGUUCUUCGGAGGGUUCAGCUGCAGCAGAGAAAAAGCGGUGGACCUUGAAUGACUUUGAUAUUGGAAAGCCUCUUGGUAGAGGAAAGUUUGGUCAUGUGUAUUUAGCUAGGGAAAAGAGGAGUAAUCACAUUGUGGCCUUGAAGGUGUUAUUUAAAAGCCAGCUGAAACAGUCCCAAGUUGAACAUCAGCUCCGCAGAGAAGUUGAAAUACAGAGUCAUCUGCGUCAUCCUAAUAUUCUUAGACUCUAUGGCUACUUUUACGAUCAGAAACGAGUGUACUUGAUUCUUGAAUAUGCUGCAAAGGGUGAGCUCUACAAGGAGUUGCAGAAGUGUAAAUAUUUCAGCGAGAGACGUGCAGCUACUUAUAUUGCUUCACUUGCUCGUGCCCUCAUUUAUUGCCAUGGGAAGCACGUGAUACAUCGAGAUAUCAAACCGGAGAAUCUUUUGGUUGGUGCACAGGGUGAACUUAAGAUAGCAGAUUUCGGUUGGUCAGUUCACACUUUCAAUCGCAGAAGAACCAUGUGUGGAACGCUAGAUUACUUGCCACCUGAGAUGGUGGAGAGUGUAGAGCAUGAUGCUAAUGUCGAUAUCUGGAGCCUUGGCGUCCUGUGCUAUGAAUUUCUCUACGGGAUGCCUCCUUUUGAAGCAAAGGAACAUUCAGACACAUAUAAAAGGAUAGUGCAAGUGGACUUGAAAUUCCCAGCAAAACCUAUUGUCUCAUCUGCAGCCAAGGACCUCAUCAGUCAGGUCUGAUCCUUUUCAACCUUACUUAAAUUAUUAGUGUCAAACCAUGUACAUUCAUUUCAUCUGGUUUUCUAUGUUGACAGAUGUUGGUCAGAGAUUCGUCACAACGCCUGCCUCUGCACAAAUUACUUGAGCAUCCAUGGAUUGUACAAAAUGCAGAACCUUCUGGUGUUUACAGGAGCUAGAGUCUUAUCUGUUUCAUUCUUUUGUAAGCAAUCCUUCGGGUUGCAGAAGAUAAUCUUUAGUCGCAUGACUGCGUAGUGUAUUAUGAUCUACUUCCCUACUGGCAAGAUGCAGAAUAUUGACUGUUGUCUGUGUUACAUUGUAUGACAUAAUUGACUCUGAUCAAUGCAAGUGUACAACUGUUCCCUUAUAUUCUCUUGUUCCCCUCGCUACAGGGCUGAUUUUGCUUAUUGGAGAUGAGAGUAUUAUUUUGCGCCACUUGAAUAAACUCUCCUGUAUCCGGUAUUUGAAUUAUUCACCCGCCAAAAAUUGUGAACUUUAUUUACAACAAUCCAAAUGUAGCUCCAGCUAAUCCGCCUGAGGGGGAUUUGGAAUAAUUCAUUUUUGUAUAUCGUGGUGGUUUUUUCUCUUCUUGUUGAAUGAAAUUGUAGCAAUCAUCUUGAAUUGCCUCAAGUACUUGAAGCA